AUUGCAGUGUGUGGUGAAGCUCCUGAUGGUGGCAGCAGCUUCAGUGACGCAGCGUCUGCGUGCUCCACCCAACGGCCAGAGCUUCGCGAGCGCCGCGCGAGUCAUGGCGUCAAAGAGGAUCUCCUGAAGAACAAACUCCGCGCAAACUCUCGCCGAAACCGCGUAACAAGCCUCCGACGACCGUCCGGAUCUCACACAAAACACUAGAAGCCCGCCUGACGAAGGAAUGAAUCAUGGUUACCGAGUGUCGACUUUGAAGCUAGCAGAGCGCAGCUAGCUCAAGAGUUUGGCGUCGCGACGAGUUUCGCGAACAGUGUGAACCGAGUGUAAAUAGAGUAAUAUAUGUAAUUUAACACACAGUAGUGUGAGGAAAGGAACUCUUUAAGGGUCUCUCCGAGAGUUUGUUCGCGGUGUAGUGUGUGUGUGGACGGUUGAAGAUGGCUCAGUCGCCGGUAUCUGUUCAAGUUCCUGGAAUGCAGGUGAGUUUGUGUGGAAAGGUGAAGCCAGGCCUUCAUCAUCAUCAUCAUCAUCAUCAUCGUCAUUGGAACAGCCGAACAGACCCUGAGGAGCUGUUCACUAAACUGGAGCGGAUCGGGAAGGGCUCGUUCGGUGAGGUGUUCAAAGGCAUCGACCGCCGCACGCAGAACGUAGUGGCCAUCAAGACCAUCGAUCUCGAAGAGGCAGAAGAUGAGAUCGAAGACAUCCAGCAGGAGAUCACCGUACUCAGCCAGUGUGACAGUCCUCAUGUCACCAAAUACUACGGCUCUUACCUAAAGGGUAGUAAACUAUGGAUCAUAAUGGAAUAUCUGGGAGGAGGUUCGGCUCUGGAUCUGCUGAGAGCCGGACCCUUUGACGAAUGCCAGAUAGCCACCAUGCUGAAGGAGAUUUUGAAAGGUUUGGACUACCUGCACUGUGAGAAGAAAAUCCACAGGGACAUAAAAGCUGCCAACGUGUUGUUGUCUGAGUCUGGAGAGGUGAAGCUGGCAGACUUCGGUGUGGCGGGACAGCUGACAGACACGCAGAUCAAGAGAGAGACGUUUGUAGGGACACCCUUCUGGAUGGCUCCCGAGGUCAUCCAGCAGUCUGCCUACGACUCGAAGGCUGAUAUUUGGUCUCUUGGGAUCACUGCCAUUGAGCUGGCCAAAGGUGAGCCCCCGAACUCAGACAUGCACCCCAUGAGAGUGCUCUUCCACAUCCCCAAGAACACACCGCCCACCCUCAACGGAGACUUCUCCAAGAAUUUCAGAGAGUUUGUGGACUCCUGUCUCAACAAAGACCCUACAUUUAGGCCAACAGCUAAGGAACUCCUGAAGCACAAAUUCAUCUUGAAACAUGCCAAGAAGACGUCCUACCUCUCCGAGCUCAUUGACCGGCUGAAGCGCUGGAAAGCCGAGGGUCACAGCGAUGGAGAAUCGAGUUCUGACUCUGACUCGGAGCCCAGCAGCAAGGACAGCGACUCGUCUCCUGAGUGGUCCUUCACCACCGUCCGGAAGAAGAAGAAGCCGGAGAAGACGCAGCCCAAUGGACUGGACGGAGAACUGCAGAAGAAGUCGAGCAGUUUAACCACCGUCAUGGCUCCUGUUUUCUCAGAGCUGAAAUCCCAGCACAGUGACGAUGACACGACGAGAGUCCUGGAGCAGCUGGAGAAGAGCCUGCAUGUGGCUGAAGACAUCUGUCCCGGAGUCACAGACCGGAUGAUCAGCCACAUCCUGGAGAGGGUGCAGAGGUUCUCUAUGAGUUAGUGCUGAAUUGAGAAACACCCUCCUUCUGCUGUCAGCCCUGAUGACUGCACCUUAACACACUCACACGUGUACAGAGACGAGAGGAACGCGGGGUCGCACACACACUAUCUUAUCAUAACCAAAAGGAAUUCUUCUUUUUUUUUUUUUUUUUUUUUUGUCCCAAAGAAUGGAUAUAUAUAGUGUGUGUUCAACUGUAUUUAUACAAUUCUGCCACAUGCUUUUCUAUUAGUCUUCUGCUGGUGCCCAAGGAUGUGUUACACUGUUAUUUUAUUCCACAUUUUACUUUAAAAGACACACAAAAAAAUUGUUACCGGUCGAGUAGAUCUGCUCUACAGCGCAUUAGGUUUGCAUAUAUUUAUGUAUUUGAUGUCCCAAUCCAUUACUUUAUUUUAAACUAUGAUCAAUAAUAUACACGUUUGGUAGAUUAACAGUUUCUUUUUCUUCGUCUUGGUUUGGGAUUUCUUAGUUUCUCUCGACACACUGUUAACUGUAGCAUUGCAGAACUGCUGUAUGGGAUCACAUGCAUAUCAUAUCGGUCAAAAUGAAUAGAAAUACCUCAUUCAAGCAAUCAGAAAAAGAAAGACGGCUCCUUGUUAAUGAAGAUCGAUCAAAUUGAAACUGCUAGGAAAACCAGAGGAAUUUUGCUGUGCAAAAGCUACCUCCGCUUCGGGCCCGUUACAAUAGGGAAUUUCACUUUUAUUCUUUUUACUUUUUUUUUUUUUUUUUAAAUUUGCAAAAUAAUUUGUUUUAAAUUCAUAGACCUUUUAGUACGCAGGACUGUAGCGAAAUAUUUAGUUUCUCAGUAACACCCUCUUUUUUUUUUUUUUAUAGUGUCUUGUUUUUUUUUAGCUGUUUUUUUUAUACAAGGGUAGAAUUAUACUGUAUUUUUGAAGGAAAUAUGCACUUGUUUUGUGUUUUAAUAAACACUUACUUUGAGUAGAUCUAAAGGCAGCCUCCUUCUGUAAGUGAUGGGGGAAUUUCUACACAAACUGAUGCAUUUAAGCUACCCGAAAAGACAGUCCAUGAUAGGCAGCAGUAUAGAAUUCAAUCUCAAUGCAAAUUUCUUUCAUGCAAGGGAUUUAUUUUAUUUUUUUCCCAAGCUUGUAAAGAAACUCGAGGGUGCCAUUGCUGGUGUGGAGCUCAUAUUUGCUCCUGUUGGCUCGGAGAGACUGUGCCAACGUUGCAUCCCAUUGUGCCUAAAUCUCACUUUUUUAUGUAUAUGAUGUUAUUGUCUUCUCAAACAGCUUUAAAACGAAAUUUCACACACGUUGCCAGACUGCUGGAAGAUUUUAGAGCAAUAAAGGCGUUUAGUGGAUUUGUAUAUUUCUUUAUAGAAAUUUAGAUGCAGAAGCUGUAGGUUUUGUACAUUUCUUCACCAGAGCUUUUGUAAAUUUAAGACGCCAGACAGAAAUCUUUCUAGGUUGUAUCAUAUAGAUGCUGUUCUCUUCGUUUUUGGACUUUAACUGUUACAGAUAAGUUUUUGUUUGGUGUGGCAAAUAAAAUUUAAAUUAUGAUA